AUGCCGUUUUCCACUGUCUACGAAGAUCCUUGGACAAGGACGCCGAUUGAUUUAAGUCACGCUGUUGUUCAACACCUCGAACUGAUCGAGACCUUUCUGAAGCUCCUUCAACACCUUGGCGAUACAGAUGGUAGCAUAAGUGACGAAACAUUGGUAUAUUCAGAAUGGCGUUAUGCUAUGUAUCUUCGUUUCAUCGACAUACGAGGCUUUUGCCCAAAUGAUCACCCACCUCCAUGGGACGUUGCACUUAUUAUGUAUCUGCACAUGCUGUCACCCUCGCGCUUUCAUCACUAUAGAUACGAUAACCGUAAUCGCAACUUCAAUGGCAUCUUUGGCUUGGAGCAUCGGCAUUUCCCCAUGACUAAACUGCUAGCAGGUGAAUGGUGUCCUAGACGGACAAAGAAGGCUUGGGAUGAUUGCAGUAAGAUGAGCCGGUCUGGCUCCGAGUGCCGUGGCUCCAACCUACCAUAUCAGCUAUGGCCCUCCGCACCAUGGAAGCCGAAGAGACUAUCCAUGCUGGGAGGACGGGCUGAUCGGCCACCAUGUUCGGACAGAAAAUGGAUAACGCCGACUGAUAAAAAGCUUGACGACAUCCCCAAAGACCAACAAGGAAAAGUGAUCCUGAUGCAUCAAUGGGAUCGCUGCCGCACAAGUGUGCCGGAGCAAGGCUUCAAGGUCUGGGACCUCCAGUCAUACGCGGCGAUACGAACUUGUAGGAUAGAAGAAAGAUGCAGGAGUCAGAGUCAGCAUGAACAAUUCAACGAGACGUGCAUGCUAAAGCCAUGGCCAUCUUUGCAAGACCUUCGAGAAGACCUCGAGCAACAAGUGUCCUUCUGGAAGGUUACACAUCGAGUCAAGAAUUCGGUACCUGGGUUUCUGGAGAGUUUGAAGAACUCGGUGGGUGAAUAUGAAGAAUUUCUUGGCCUUCUGGGUAGUAUACUUCCAAAGAGUGAGAGUGACGGCUCAUACAAGUCAAAGCUAGACCCGAAGGCAGCAAAACCCUCUUGUCGCCCAAGGUCUCGACCCUCGCGGAUAAUCCCCCCAACGCUCGAGAUUGAUCUUCUAUGGCAGACUCAUCGUUUGUUCCCAGCAAGCUACUGGGUUUGGUCGGCCGAGAAGGCAGACUGGGUCCUUGAUAGAGAGCGUACAGCGAAUGUGCAAGCUGCAGGUACACUGCUCCAACACACAAGACAAUUAUGGAAAUCGAAGUAUACCUCGGAGUUGGAAAGAGGAGUAUCAGUGGAGGAGACGUUGACGGAGUACGUGCCUGACACAGUCAAGCAUGCUGCUGCCGACGUGGAGAGGACUGAUCUAAGAACUCUGCUCGUGGGUCGCGAUGCGUGGAAAGAGAGGAAGGUUAUCAGAAGGGGUCGAGGGGGCGAUAUAUCUGGGGGUGGAGGAGCGGGCGAUUACGGAGCGUCCGGGGGUUGCGAUGGAGGCGGUGGUGGUGAUGGUGGUGGAGGUGGCGAAUAG